UGGCAACCCUGCUGGCGGCCACUGUUGACGGCACUGUCGCGCUGGCACCUCAUGACGCUGGGAUUCCUCGGGUGUAUUUUCCUUUUUAAUGGGCGCCUGACAAGAUGAACAGACCAGACGGGCUCAUCCAGCGCAGGAACGUCCAGAGAGACACACAGGACAAGAACAGCAAGAAUGACAGCGACGACGAGAAGCGGAGAAACUCGAGCGGGGAUGACGACCUGGACGAUGGGGACUGCAAGGAGACGAGGCUCACCCUGAUGGAGGAGGUGCUGCUGCUGGGCCUCAAGGACAAGGAGGGAUACACAAGCUUCUGGAAUGACUCCAUAUCCUCGGGAUUGCGUGGCUGCAUCCUAAUAGAGUUAGCACUGCGGGGCCGAGUCGAGCUGGAGAAGGCUGGCCUCCGCCGCAAGUCUCUCCUUAACCGCAAGGUUAUAUUGCGAUCUGAGCAGCCAACUGGUGAUGUCCUCCUUGAUGAGGCACUGAAGCACAUAAAAGAGACAGACCCUCCUGAGACUGUACAGUCAUGGAUUGAAUUCCUGUCUGGGGAGUCAUGGAACCCUCUCAAGUUGAGAUACCAGCUGAGAAAUGUACGGGAGAGACUGGCCAAGAACAUGGUAGAAAAGGGAGUGCUCACCACAGAGAAACAGAACUUCCUAGUGUUUGACAUGACCACACAUCCCCUCACAGACAAUGUUACCAAGACCAAAUUGGUGAAAAAGGUACAGGAUAGUGUGCUGAGCCGAUGGGUGGGCGACCCCCAGAGGAUGGAUCGACGAACCCUGGCCCUGAUAUACUUGGCCCACGCCUCAGAUGUCUUGGAGAAUGCCUUUGCUCCCCUCUCUGACGAUGACUAUGAGGUUGCCAUGAAGCGUGUCCGUGACCUGCUGGAUCUUGACCUGGAUGUGGAAGCUGCCAAGCCCAAUGCCAAUGACUUGAUGUGGUCAGUGUUUGCAGCAUUUAUCAAAUAGUACCUUUCUUGCCAAGGUUGAGAAGGACAAGAAAAAGUAUGUUGUCAGUGCCUGUGAUUAUUCUGAUGACCUUGUUUUUGGAGUAUUGAUAUUCUGUAUGUUAUUUUCUUCUUCAUCAUCAUAUUAAAUUAGGUACAUCUUUCCUUCUAUUAAAUCAUAUAUGUUUUGUGCUAAAGGGAAAGAAUGUGCAGUUGGUGAAGGUAAUUUAAAGCUCCACUGAAAUUAUUUUAUAUUGAGUUAGGGUUAUAGAGUAGAUAGGUAGAUAAAGCUGUCUGAGGGAAGGACAACUGAAGUAGGGAUGGUGUGCACCUAUUUACCCCAGGGCAUUCAUGCAUGUGUAAUUGAUCAUUAUUCCUCAUAACUCAUGAUGUUCACCUAGUUCAUGGCAGUCUCUCAAAUAUGAUUUGAAUAUUUAAUACAAAUAUUGGCAAAAUUUCUGGCCAGCCCUUUACUGGAGUGCUCUGCAUCCUCCCCAGUAAAUUUUGAAUAUCCAGUUGCAUUUUUUGUAUAUUUGUACUAUUGAAUUUUAUGCUCCUUUAUGGUAUGCAUAUUAAUUGUCAAUUUUAAAAAGAAAACCAGUUGUCAAGGCAUUAUUUAUGUAGAAUAGUGUGUAGAUACUGGCGUGAAGCUUAGAUUAGUGUCUAUCAUUCAUAAGCUGAAUCUACAUGACAUGACUUGGGUACAGGAAGGCAUUUAAUUUCACAAAUACAGAAAGGAAAUGGGAAGCCUCAAAAGAUCGUGGAAUUUUAGUAUACUAUGUAUAUUCAUAAUUCAGUGCCUGUAACUUAAUAUAGUAUGUUCUUGUGAAUUUUCAUGAUGAUAUGCAUUUUUGUAUAUCAAAAUUUGAAAGCCGGAAAUACUUCUAAUGCAAUUUCUGCUUCAUUCAUAAAUGAAGAGCAGAAACCCUUAAUUUCUGUGAUGACAUCAAUAUAAAGAAUUGUUGCAAUUUACUUCCUUGCCACUGAUGGAUAUCUGAGAGAUGAUGCAUCAGUGUUCCGUGUUCUGUAGAUCAAGAAAUUCCCAGGGAAAGUGAAGUGCAAACAAGGUAUCCUCCUGACUGAAGUCAUGCUAUUGUGGUUCUAGGGAAAUAGUUAACUGGUGCAGAACUGUAUCAUUUCUUAACAUAACAAUAAAAGUGGUGGUGGUGAUGGUACUUGCUAUUAGUGGCACCUCUUGUUGAUUGGUUGUAACAUAAAAAUAGACCAUUGGAAAAUCAAUGAUCUAUGAAAUAUAUAUAUAUAUAUAUAUAUAUAUAUAUAUAUAUAUAUAUAUAUAUAUAUAUAUAUAUAUAUAUAUAUAUAUAUAUAUAUAUAUAUAUAUAUAUAUAUUAAUGAGUUCUACUGUAAAGGCUUGUUAGUGAUGUUUACUUGUACUUUUCACCGAAAAUGUGAUUGCCAACCUGAUUUUUCUUGAUUUGUCCUUACUGCUCAAAAUCACUGCGAUGUACAUAAAUAGUAAUUGAACUGUCAUUACAUAGUUUGAGUUUGUUCUUUCAACUAUAUUCAGAAUGAUUAGAGUGCUGUUUUCGCAUAAUGCAUGGGUAUUUAAGCUACCAUAUUUUUGAGACCAAGAUAUAAUAUACAUAUAUAUAUAUAUAUAUAUAUAUAUAUAUAUAUAUAUAUAUAUAUAUAUAUAUGUAUAUAUAUAUAUAUAUAUAUAUAUAUAUAUAUAUAUAUAUAUAUAUAUAUAUAUAUAUAUAUAUAUAUAUAUAUAUGAUAUAGGGCAAAGGCUGAACAAAAUAAGACAGGUACCUAUUUUCAUUUCUUCUAUUAUUUGGUGUCCAUCAUAAAAGAAUAUAUAUAAGGUUGGUAACUGCAGGUGUCAUGUGUAUUAUUGAUCUAAACAUUGACAUGAGUUAGUAAGUGGAAUAUAAACUUUUCCAGUUCAAUUUCAAAUUUCGAACAUAAUUCUUAUUAGCUACCAUGAUUUUGCUAUAGCUGCUAAUGAUAAAUUUUAUAUUUUGAUUAUCCUCUUAAAAUAAGGAAUUGACCUUAUAUUAAGUUCAAAUAAAUGAAGAAUGUAAGGUUAAAUGAUGAAGUGUGAAACUAAGAAGUUUGUCAUAUAUUUACCUUGAACAUAUGAAGACAACUCGAUAACACUUACGUUGAAACUGUUGCAUAAUUGAGAUUCAGUAUCAGCUGGUUGAUAAGUUCCAGAUUUCUCCAAAGUUGUUGCCAUGUUAAGUAUAUCACUAAGAAUUAUCCCAGCAAUAUGGUCUUGUUUCAAACUCUGUUACUUUUUAAUUUAUUUAAAAGUAUAAUUAUAAAUAACACAUAUUUAAGUCGUGGUGGAGAAUGGAGAGGAACAUGAGCCGAUUUGCUUCCCCAGCUCUUGACAAAAAAUUGAUCAAUAUUUUUUUAUUCAAUGACCUCUUUUUUCUGGUAAACUUGUUAUGGGUACUUUCUGGUUUUCAUACCAAAGCAACCUCUUCUUUCCUGGCAUGGGAUCAUUAUUUUAUUCCGGAAUUUGAAAGCAUAACAGUAAAGAAAAGUCGUCUCCUUUGCAAAAUACAAAACCUUACCCAAGAUGUUCUGUAAGACAGUUAUUUGAUAGAGUAAUGGUCUUUAUGUAUUACUCAUAUCUGAAGGUUUACAGCAUAUAAGCAAAUAGUUAUACUUUUUUUUAUCAUAUGCUUGCCCAAAUGAAAUCCUGGCAUGUUCGGUUCAUGUGCAUGCAUGUACAGCAUGCUGAAUCUUUGGCAAUCACAUAGGUUGGAAAAUGUACCCACACUGCCCCUGAAAAGUCUCAGGAUACAUAAGACUCACCAGAUAGUACUACUCAAGGAAAAUUGAGGCACUUCAAACAUGUUAAAUGUUUUGAAGGAAGGCAAGAUUUAUACUUGUUUAUAAGAUGUCCACUUGUGUAUUGCACAUUUUCCAAUGAGAAAAAAAUAUUUUGUACUGAUUUGUCUUGUGUCAGCCUAAGAUAUACUUCCUGGAGGCUUGUUUGUGGAAGAAACUGUGCACCUUCCCCGGGCUAUUACUGUCUUGAGUCUAAAGGUGCAGAAUAACAAGAAACUUGUUUCCUUGAUGUUAAGGACAUUAAAUUGCUAAUAUAAUGCAAAACAUUUUCAUAUUAACCCUUGGCAUAGCUGCUGGUAAUUUUGUGACUGAACUUGUAAUUAAGUCUAUAUUAAGGAAGUUAUACUUGCUAUAUUUAAAUUUUUUCGAACCUAUUCAUUAUUGUUGCAUAUCUUUAUAACAAUCAUCAUAUAGCAAGCAAAUAUCC